AUGAACAUUGCUGUAAGUGUCAGAAACAUGGGUAGGUUUCGACGAGAACGAUUCAACCCAUGGACCAAUUUAAAUAAAAUGUUGGACCAGAAGAAAUCCAAAGUGGUCAAAGACGAAGAGCAAACAUUCAAAAGCAAGGUAGGUACUAAUAGGUAAAGUAUUUUAUAGAAUAUUAUUUUACACAAUGACCAAGGAUUUCUUAACAAAAUAAGUAGCUACCAUUUAAAUAUUUAUAAUACUGUACAUUUAAAUCAAUAUUUUAAAAGAAGCAUAUAAAAUUAUAUAAUUAAGUUUUAAUAAGCCAUUGCAGUUAAUAAUAAAUUUCACCUAUUCAUAUUAAGUUGUCAAAUAAAAAAUGCCCCCAACUGCAUCGUCGUUACCUUUAAGUAUAACAUAGACCUUGUGUAAAAUGUUAAAUUUGUAACCUAAUUAUGAGUACCUAUUACUUUUAUAUACCAGACUGCAAUGAUAAUAUUAUACCCGUGAUACAUUUGUAUGAAACAUACCUAUACAUUAUUAACUUUGUCUAUGUGAACCCAGUGUACUUGGAAGGGAAAUAUAUAGGUAUUGUUUUUAAUCUCAAUCAUGGAUAAUAUUAUUGAGUACAGAUUUGGUUUAAUUUCUUUUCAUUUUCAAGCAUCUGGUCGACAUAACUAACCCAUACCAAAAGGAAAAACAAACAUGCAUACUCUGCAAAAUGAAUAUUGUUCCUGAUUACAAGAACACUAGGUUGUUAUCUCAAUUCAUAUCCCGUUUUACUGGUCGUAUAUACGGUAGACACAUCACAGGGCUUUGCCGACACAAACAGGAACAUGUUGAAAAAGAAAUUAAAAAAUCAAGAGAAGCCGGUUAGUUGUUUAUAUUUAUAUAAUAUUAUUAUUAGUAAAAAUCUGCAGUUAAAAUCUAAGAUGAUUUUGAGUAAAUAUAACCAAUAAAAUGUCUUAAAUAACCAUUGGUACUAAUGAUAAAAGAAUUAUGUAGUACUAUAUUAAUUUAUACAUAUUUAUAUAAUCAAUUAUUAUCAAUGCUUUAAUAAUAGGCACCUGUAAGAUUUCGAAAAUAUUUUAUCUACACUGCAGUUUGAAUCUAUUACUCACAUUGUACACUGACUUAUUAUUUUAAUUUCAGGUUUGUUGCCAUUUUAUUUCAGGAAUCCAGAAUUUAGCCAUGAUCCUAAAUUAUUUGACCCUGACAACCCUUUUAGACCUCAUAGUUAUUAG